UAAUAAAAUGUCUCAUGUUUCUCAAAGUCGAUGCAAAGCAGGGAGUGGAGAGGUCAUCAUAUCCUCGAGGCUUUUUCAUUGUUUAUCCUUUACAGAUGACGUCCGUAUUAUGCUAUUUCUCUCCUGGUCAUGCCUCUUUCAUCGAGCAACUUGCUGAGAAAAUUUGUUUCGCUGAGCUACUUGAGACAAUGAACUGUAUCAAUAGCAUCUUCAGGUAGAUGUUCCGUCCAAUCGAAACACUGUGAGUCAACAUGCUUCAGAAAGUUAGAAGUCAGUUUCUUUAUUUUGAGAACAGAAGUGGGUGCAAAAGGGUUUAAAGACAACAGGCAUUAUCUCCGUUAACCGGUUUGUUUCCUCAACUUGCGAGGAUCUUUAUUUUAUUUCGUUUGCUUUUUUUUCUUGGAGCUCCCGGUACUUGAAGCUGUUUCUAGCGACAACUUGAUACUACUAGUGCACAAAAUUCUUGCAAGAAGCGGCAACACCAAAUAUCAACAUUAAAUUUGAGCAGGAAACGCCGGGCCUACAACAGGAAGUAUUUGGUCCACCAUGAGCGUCAAUAACAGUACUAGUGCGCCUAUACUCGAACAAGCUGGGGUUCCAGAGAACAGCCUGUCUCACAAAAUCAUAUCUUCCAUAGCAAUAAUAAUUCUCAUCAUUCUGACACUCUUUGGCAAUGGUCUUGUCAUUUCCGCUUUUUAUGUGUUCAAACGGAUUCGUAAAAGCGUCACGAACUGGUUUAUACUCAGCCUGGCUAUAAGUGACAUGAUGGUAGCGAUUAUAACGGAGCCCAUUUGGUUGGCUGGCGAGAUCAUCGCUUGGCAAUAUCCACCAGAAAUAGAUCUGGAAACCUUCAUCAAUGUUUGGACCAUGAUCGACAUCGUAUGUGCAAUUUCAUCAAUCUCUAAUUUGAUGUUUAUCUCCGUGGAUCGGUUCUUUGCCAUCAAGCAUCCUCUGAUCCAUCACACGAAGAUGACACCAGGCAAGUGCAAAUGGAUUAUCCUGCUUUCCUGGGUGCAUGCAGUGGGUACCUCGUGUCUCUAUCUUUUGCACGAAAAUUGGACGUACAUAGUGAUCUUCCUAUUUGGAUUGCUAAUCCCUCUCCUUGUCAUACUCUUUUGUUACGGUGGGAUCCUUCACGUGGUAGUCUCAAGGUCUCGACUUACACAUCGUCACGGGAAACGCCUUUCCAAUGAAUACAAAACAGCAAAAAGUCUAGGCGUCGUGACCGGUGCCUUUGUAGCAUGCUGGCUUCCAUUCUUCGUCGGUUCUUUGGUGUAUUGGUAUUGCUAUUCUUGUCAAAGAGACAUUGAUAGUAUUCCAGCAAUCACCUCCGGGGUGAAGUGGCUACAUUACUUAAAUAGCUGUUUGAAUCCCAUAAUUUACGCGUUUUUAAAUCCCACCUUCAAGAUGGCGUUCAGGAACCUUAUUAGGAGGAUGUGUGGCAAAGAGACUUUAAACUCUUUAGAUACUGAAACAUCAUUUGCAUCAUUUCGCCGACGAGACACGUAUGCCUCCGUAAAGAGUAACGAGAAUGGGAAGGACAAAUCACCCAAUGUUCCCAACGGCAAUGCAUCUUUUUAUAAGAGUCCUCUUAUGAAAAAAGGGAAUAACAAGAUGAAUGGUAUUGUUAAGCAUGACUCUAUCAGCGAUGAUGGCAGUGUAGAACGCGGUAUUGAAACACCCGAAGACAAAUACUUCGGUAACCCGUUUUGUGCUGCAACGCCUCCGCCAUCCUAUGAGGAUUGUUAUCAGUUAAAAAACAGCAAUAGCAAUGAUGUAUCACAAACAAGUCGCAGUGGUGUCCCCGUCGCAAUAAAUGGAAAUUUUACGGAAGUACCGAAGCAAACAUACCCCAUACAGUGCGACAGAACUGUGUCCUUUUUGGAUGACGUUACGAUAUGCGGUGAAAAGCCACCUGAGGAGACAGCUAGCGAUAUGCCUGCGUUGGAAGGUCAUUUCUCUACCUACCAUGACGAGAAGAGCAAUCAGACUUUCUUACUCGUCGAUGGAGUACAGAUUCCAGACGGUGAAAUCCGAACAACCGAUGUAUGAAACAAAACAUUAUGGAUUUUGGCGUUCAAGUCACUAAAGUUUAGUGAAGUUUUUUUCAGUGCUAUGUGACUGGUGUAACGAUUCUUACCUCUUGCUAGACAAUAUUUAGGAAGAAGUUAAGAGCGUUAUACAGAUAAAGACAUAUUAAUAACUGAAUAAGUUUAACAUCCCCUUUCAUAUCAUAAUGAUAAAAAUACUUAUAGACAAUUAGUUUUAAGCAGUAAGAGACAUUUUCAACUAAGUGUCGAAAGUAAACCGGAAUUUCUUUCGUUUUGCUCAACUUCGCUGUGAUUGGUCUAGAAAUUUUGCGCCACUUUCUCAACCAAUCAAACGCAAAACUGAAAUCAAUCCUAACUUGGUCAACGUGUUUUCCCGCGCUUCAACCAGGUUACCUCUCUUUUUACUCUGAAUUCUCAUUGGUCACUCGGAUUUCCCGCGCUUUUAGCGGGUUGCCUGUGUUUACUUUGUGUUCUCAUUGGUUAAUGAUGACCUUAUCUUUUGUUCUGAUUGGUAGUUGUGAUAACUGGUUUUUAUUUUCGACACACAGUUGAAAACUGCUCUAAAGAAGCGGGAGAUCUCAAUGAGAGACUGAUGCCACUGCAUAUGAAUAAGCCAAUCCAGUUUUUGAGGUUUUAUAUCUGGAUUCACGCCGGGCUCAUGUAAGGGAUUCAAUUGCUCGAUUUGAGCUUCCCUUGUCUGUAGGUAACCGAGAUUAUUAAAGUCACAGAUAAAAAACUGAUUAAGUUUCCAAAGAAACGGCGGUGCUACGUCGGUGGCGGUAUUGCAAGAUAAUUUGGUUUUAUUAACUGAGUUGAUAAAUGAAUGUACUGUAAAUUUCCCACCGUAGAGUCUCUAAUUAAAGGUGGCGUUUCGAGCGUUCGAUCUUUGUCAUAGCAAAUGGCGAAAAGCUAACGCUCGAGACUCUUUACAGCGGCCAAUUGACAUUAUCAACACAGUUAAUAAUACCCAAAUUAUCUUGUAGGUCACAAAUAGCUACAGGUUUCAUUUUCGAUCGCCGUUUCCUAUCGGAAAUAAACGAGGGGCUAAACACAUUUAAUCACGACUUAUUUCAAUUCAGACAAUCUAUCGGAAUUAGAAGCAGGCCGCUAAGUUACGAGGGUAGGCAUAGAAAAAUCUGUAAACUACAUUCAUCAUUUCGAAAUGAGUUAUAUCGAAAUCGUUGACAAUUACAGGGAAAAGUUAUCUUAAAAGUAAAUUGUUAAAAGUUUUAAUAAUUUGCGAUUUCAUGAGGAAAGUUUUAUACCGAGUAGUUCCACUUAAGGCCUUGUCCACAACAUGCCAAAGAAAUUUCAAAACCGCGCUCUCAACAAAUGGUUUUUGUCCACACUGAACUGAACGGAAAACAAAACAAACAGACAAAACAAAACAGUAUAAUUUGGAUAUAUCAAC